AUGCUCCCACAGCACUCAACUCCACCUAAAGAAGGCCGAUUUCCUCCGUCAUAUCCGAGGUUCAAAGCCAAAACACGACGGAAGCGCAUGCUUUUGCGGAUCACUCGCUUCAUUCUUGCGGUAGGAGCUGGAUGGUUGAUAAUAUCGUUUCUGCUCCUUAGGUCGCCAUCUUCAGACGCAAAGAGUCUGCGAUCGACUUCCAGCUUUGUCACGGACAGACUUUGGCAAAUCUGGCCUACUGAUAUCAAGACUGCGGUAUCACCGGUACAUGAUUCAACGUCGCAAGAGACGCCUGAUGAAAAAUCCAUUGUGAAAAAUCCAGCAGAGUUGCAGGAAAAUGUAAACCCCGCAACAAGGAAAGACCAAGAGUCACUACAAUCAUUAUCAAAUAAUGUCGAACACACCGACAAGAACACAAAUUCAAAGAAUGCAGAACCUGAUUUCUCUAACGCCGCUCUUGACAAGCUUCUAUCGACAAUUCCCAACGAUCUAUACCUUCGAGAGCUCCUGUUACCAGUAAUCGGCACGGGCGAGAAGAGGCUGCACGAGCUUGGCCUGCGCACACGCGCAUAUAAAAAGUUCUUCGAGACUUGGGAGGAUUUCCACCUCGUCAACAACGAUCAUCAUACUUACGUGCGAGAUGAUAUUAUCCCCUACAUCCGCGACAGGUCCAGCGAGCCAACAUUCCCUGAGACGCUACACAAAUACGAAUCUUACCGCCACUUUCUCACAAAAUUCUCCGCGUUGUUGUUUCCGUGGACGAGCCCAUACUUUGCAGAUCAUAUGAGUUUGCACGUCUCAUCACGCCGCGGAGGCCGCGGCAUCGUUACGACGGCGGGCAAUAAUCAUGCGCCUUUUCUACUAGCUGCUAUCCCUUCCUUUCGCCUCCUGGGCUGUGACCUUCCAAUCGAGAUAAUGUAUCUCGGCGAGAGAGACUUGAGGGAAGACUUCCGCACAAAGCUUGAUGCGCUACCAGGCGUCACAACGCGUGACCUCUCCGCAAUGGUUAACGACGAAGGUUGGCAGCUCAAUGGAUGGGCUGGUAAGCCCUUUUCUAUACUACUCUCGUCUUUCCGCGAAGUUCUGUUCAUCGACGCGGACUCGCUGUUCUUCGUUAACCCCGAGGUACUAUUUGAUGACCCGGACUACGUGCGCACGGGCGCCCUUUUCUUCCGAGAUAGAAAUAUCCUGCCGGAGAGUAAGAAGGAAUGGCUGCAGAAGAUCUUGCCGAAGCCGAUUUCGGAAUCCGUGCAGCAGAGCAGAAUGUGGACCGGCGAGAGCGGGCAUGUACAAGAGUCGGGAGUUGUUGUUGUGGAUAAGUGGAAGCACUUUGUCGCAUUGUUGCUCGUAUGCAGAAUGAAUGGGCCAGACAGGGAUGGUAAUAAGGCGGACAUUGUAGGGACUUAUGAUAUGGUCUACGGUGAUAAAGAAACCUUUUGGAUUGGAUGGGAGCUCGCUGGUGACACUUCCUAUGCCUUCCACCCGGGUGGAUCUGGAGUCAUGGGCGUAGUCCAAACCCCUAACAACUUCAACUCCACUAAUGAAGGGCCUAUAUCGACAUUUGGCACAGGAACUGAAGUGGUCCCAACAAAAAAAGUUCGCAAAAUGGCGCCUGGUCAUGAGUCCGACGUAACCAUCUGUGCCCCGCAACUUCUACAUUUGGACCGCGAGAAUCGCCCUUUGUGGUUCAAUGGUUGGCUGUAUGAGAAUAAGUAUGCGGGGAGCAAACGAGUUAUCGGCAAUUUUGAGAUGUUUAUGGAGGAGCCGAGCGAAUCAUUGGAUCCAGCGGCGUGGCAACUAGAGGAGAGCAAUCUCUGUUGCUUGUCAAAUUCUGCGGCAAAGGACUUUACAAAGCAGGAGGCCGAAUGGCUUGGAGUGUUGAUUGGCAUGGCAAAGACGGUUGAGAGCUAG